AUGUCGUCUCAACCACUUAUUCAACCUUCUAAACGAAUUGCUCUUCCUGCUAGAGUUGAGCCUAAAGUUUUCUUUGCAAAUGAGCGAACUUUUCUCUCAUGGCUACAGUUUACUGUUGUCUUAGGAGGUCUUGCAAUUGGGCUACUCAACUUUGGGGAUAAAGUAGGAAGAAUAUCUGCCGCAUUAUUUACUUCAGUUGCUAUGCUUGUCAUGAUAUACGCAUUGUCGUUAUAUCAUUGGAGAGCUGCUAAAAUAAGAAAGAGAGAAACUGGUCCUUACGAUGAUAGAUAUGGGCCUACAGUUCUCUGUCUUUUCCUUAUCAAAACAUCUGACACCUCGCCUACAACUACAAACCCGUCUGAAAAUGUACAGUUAAUUGAAGAAUUGAAAAAACCAAGGAGAGUGUUAAAAACCCAAAGAAAGAGUACCGACGAAACAAAAGGCGUAUC